AUGCAUCUUGACGAGCCCUUCCCGGAACCGCCCAAGCAGGCCGAGUCCGCCCUGCUCAAUCGUCGUCGCCGUCGCAAGUCUCUCCCUAUGCGCGGCCAGGGACCUAAUUCCUCAACCGAUCCAACGUCACCCGAAGUUAUCUCGUCGCUGAUCUCAUCCCUGUCCGCCAUCUCGGUGCCCCUGAACUCGCAUUUCGACAACGUGCCGCGCAUCGAUUCUAAAGAUUCCUCCGACCCUGGCCUCCCGGAGGUCCCGCAAACCGCACCGUGCUUCACUAUUCCCCCUUCCAAGCAAAAUGGAUUCGGCUUGACCUUUGGCUCAUAUGCAACUGCUGAAGAGCCCCCGCAUAGUCUCUUGCAUCCAGAUGAUGCCGCCUCGUCACCCGUUAUUCGUAUGGCCAGAGCGCCCCCAUCUCCCAAAACGCCAAAAUCCCCGCGUUUCAGACCCUUCAAAACAACCGAUUCAUCCGUGCGACCGGAAUCAAGAGACUCUUAUACGUCGCUAAGGGCUGCGCCGGAAGAUACUGCCUUCGGGACGAUCAGCGCCGAACCCGCCCCUCGUCUGUCCAAGGCUCCUAGCAUUGCGUCGAAUAGUUCCGGACGAACGAAGAGUCUCAAGGGUCACUUUGGACUGCUGAAGAAGUCGUCGCGUGAAUUCAACAACGACAAGGAAACCCAGGCAGAUCGCCUGCGUCGAACCACUAGCCAUAACGAUAGUUUGCGGCAUAACCCUCCGCGGAGUCGAGCAAGUUUGCGCUCCAUGUACUCCAUGGCAGAUGUUGCUGAGGAACAUGGGCCGAGUGGGCUGGCAGGGAAUGGUCUGAUGGAGGAACCGAGUGAGGGUUUGGUUGCCAGCACCCCGCCAACCCGAGAACAGCCAUCAAUUCAGAACACGCCCGACGCACACCAUAACCCCGGUGGUAUUGGAAGCGGCCGAAUCAUUCCUACUCGAGACUCUUCUCUACGUCACCGUCACAGCCAGUCCUCCGGCUCGAAAACGCGGAGGUCUGCCCGUCACAGCCGAUAUUCUUCGACUGCCAGCCGAGACUCGACCCUUGCAGAGAAUGGAUUGCCGGGGUCGAGCAACGACGCGGAGCAGGUGACUAAGAGAAUUCAAGAGCUGAAAGACCAGCAACUGAAAAUCAAGACUGAGUUGGAGGUUGAUGACAGCCCCAGCAAGUCUAUGGGGACAACACCCGUAAGACUCUCGAAGCCGUCACGCAGCACCAGCCAAGUCGAUCAAAGUCGCACUUCCAAACCGCAGAAUGGCUCUGUUUAUGAACGUUCAGCCAUGAAUGAAAGUGCCCCAUCUCCAUCAGUCAUGACCGGCAAGAGCCGUACAGGAAAGCUGGGGGCACCGUUAUCACCCAAGCCGACCAACUUCUCUCCCCAAAUGCAAAGGCAAUCAUCCGAAAAGCUCGAGCAUGAGAAAAACCGGUUCAGACGAUCCUUGGAGCCCUUAUCUCCCGCACCGUCCCAUCGCCGCACGCCGUCCGGUCCUACACUGGUCGGCCGCCCCUCGUUAAACACCGAUCGACCGUCUAGUACGGACUCGAUCGACCUGGCUGUCGACGAUUAUAUCUUCUCUCCGAAACUCACACAGAGAGUACCUCACCCGACGACAGGCCGCACCAUCGCCUUUUCUGAAGUGGGUGACCCCAAGGGCCACGUCGUUCUCUGCUGUCUCGGCAUGGGUCUCACGAGGUAUCUCAUGGCAUUCUAUGACGAGCUCGCUCGGACUCUGAACCUGCGUUUGGUCACCCUCGACCGUCCUGGUGUCGGUGAAAGUGGACCACAUCUACUGGAUGAACCCAGCAAUCCUCUCAGCUGGCCAGAUGAUGUUGCCAUUGUUUGUAAUUAUCUGCGGGUGACGAAAUUCUCCAUCCUCGCGCACUCGGCUGGUGCCAUCUACGCCCUUGCCACAGCCCUUCGAAUUCCUCAACAUAUCCGCGGGCGUAUCCAUCUCCUCGCUCCCUGGAUCCCUCCUUCUCAGCUCUCCAGCAUCGGCUCCCAGAAGGAGCCCGUGCCCACUAAUGCCGUCCCCUACUCGCAACGAAUUCUCCGUGCUCUUCCCACGUCUCUUCUCAAGGUAGCCAACACCAGCUUCAUGAGCGCUACUAGUGCGAGCAUCACUACUAGCUUACCCAAGUCUCAACGGCGAGCAAAGAAGAAGACCACCAAAGAGGCCCCCAAGGAAGAAAUGCCUGCCCUACCAGUCCCUUCUUCAAGCGUUGAGCCCAAGUCCCCCAAUCCUAGCACCCUCGCGCCCGUCGAACCUUCCAAACCCUCGAAUGUCACACAUGCCGCAUACAGAAAAAGCGAUGCGACUCUCGGGUCACGCGCCAGGUCUUCCGAGGAAGAGCUGGAAAGACAGCGAGACUACGACACCAGACUCACUCAUAAGAUCUGGGCGCUGGCCACUGCCAAUGCCAACCCCGCAGUGGAUCUUUUGACUUGUUUGGAACGUCGCCAGACUAUCGGAUUCCGCUAUGUGGAUAUCACACGAGCCACCGUGAUCCAUCACGGCAGCAAGGAUACUCGCGUGCCCGUCGAAAACGUCCAGUGGCUGGGCAAGACGAUGCGGCGCUGCGAGGUGCGUAUCCUCGAGGGCGAAGGCCACGGUCUUAUGGCCUCUGCUAGCGUGAUGGGCAGUGUCCUGACCGAAAUCGCCAAGGAGUGGGAAGACUGGACCACCAUCGUCCAGGGCCGACGUCGAGCGACUGCUCAACAGGCUACACGACCAAGUCUUUCCCUCCAAACCUGA